CUCUCCCUCCCCCCGUUUUCAAAAUGGCGGCAGCUGUGGAAGACACGGGGUCUGGCUGAGGAGGAGGCCGGGUCUCCUCUGUGCUGUCCCCGCUGCGUUUAGGGGCGGCGUAGGGCUGGUGGUGAGGUUGAUGGGACCCUCAGAUAACCGGAAUUUUUAGAUAACUGGAACACCCUAAUCCCUGAGCGUGCCGAAUAACACAGGUUUUACUGCAAAUAUUUGGACAGAAAAAUGACAUCCAUUAUCAAGUUGACUACACUCUCAGGAGUGCAGGAGGAAUCUGCUCUAUGCUAUCUGCUGCAGGUAGACGAGUUUCGUUUUUUAUUGGACUGUGGCUGGGAUGAGAAUUUUUCAAUGGAUAUCAUUGAUUCUCUAAGGAAAUAUGUACAUCAGGUUGAUGCAGUACUACUUUCUCACCCUGAUCCCCUACAUCUUGGUGCUCUUCCAUAUGCAGUUGGCAAAAUGGGUUUAAACUGUGCUAUUUAUGCAACCAUUCCUGUAUAUAAAAUGGGACAAAUGUUUAUGUAUGAUCUCUAUCAGUCUCGCCACAAUACAGAAGAUUUCACUCUUUUUACAUUGGAUGAUGUAGAUGCAGCUUUUGAUAAAAUACAGCAGCUCAAGUUCUCUCAGAUUGUGAACUUGAAAGGGAAAGGGCAUGGUCUUUCUAUUACACCACUGCCAGCUGGUCACAUGAUAGGAGGCACAAUUUGGAAGAUUGUCAAAGAUGGAGAAGAAGAAAUUAUUUAUGCUGUUGACUUCAACCACAAGAGAGAGAUCCAUUUAAAUGGAUGUUCUCUGGAAAUGUUGAGCAGGCCUUCACUGCUCAUCACAGAUUCCUUUAAUGCUACUUACGUACAACCCAGACGAAAGCAAAGAGAUGAACAACUGUUAACCAAUGUCUUGGAGACGUUGCGAGGUGAUGGAAAUGUGUUAAUAGCCGUGGAUACAGCAGGCAGGGUUCUGGAACUUGCCCAACUUCUUGAUCAGAUUUGGAGAACAAAAGAUGCAGGAUUAGGAGUUUACUCUUUAGCACUUUUAAAUAAUGUCAGCUACAAUGUAGUGGAGUUUUCUAAAUCACAGGUUGAGUGGAUGAGUGACAAACUCAUGAGGUGUUUUGAAGACAAGAGGAACAAUCCAUUUCAGUUCCGCCAUCUCUCAUUAUGUCAUGGUCUUUCUGACCUGGCUCGAGUGCCUAGUCCUAAAGUUGUGCUUGCCAGCCAGCCUGACUUGGAAUGUGGGUUUUCAAGAGAUCUCUUUAUACAGUGGUGUCAGGAUUCCAAAAACUCUGUAAUUUUAACUUAUAGGACCACACCUGGGACACUAGCACGAUUCCUUAUAGACAACCCUUCUGAAAAGGUUAUUGAUAUAGAGUUGAGGAGCCGUGUCAAACUUGAAGGGAAGGAGCUUGAGGAGUACCUAGAAAAGGAGAAACUAAAGAAAGAAGCAGCUAAAAAGUUAGAACAGUCCAAAGAGGCAGAUAUAGAUUCCAGUGAUGAGAGUGAUGUUGAAGAGGAUAUUGAUCAGCCAACUGUGCAUAGAACUAAACAUGACUUGAUGAUGAAAGGCGAAGGUGGGCGAAAAGGAAGCUUCUUCAAACAGGCCAAGAAAUCUUAUCCAAUGUUUCCGGCCCCAGAAGAAAGAAUUAAAUGGGAUGAAUAUGGGGAGAUUAUCAAGCCUGAAGAUUUUCUAGUUCCAGAGCUUCAAGCAACUGAAGAAGAAAAGAGUAAAUUAGAAUCUGGUCUGACAAAUGGAGAUGAGCCUAUGGACCAAGAUUUAUCAGAUGUUCCUACAAAAUGUAUUUCAACAACAGAAUCAAAGGAAAUAAAAGCUAGAGUUACAUACAUAGACUAUGAAGGACGCUCAGAUGGUGACUCCAUUAAAAAAAUCAUUAACCAGAUGAAGCCACGACAGUUAAUCAUUGUCCAUGGUCCACCAGAGGCCAGUCAGGACCUUUCAGAAUCUUGCAGAGCUUUUGGUGGAAAAGAUAUUAAAGUUUAUAUGCCUAAACUGCAUGAAACUGUAGAUGCGACCAGCGAGACUCACAUCUAUCAGGUCAGGUUAAAAGAUUCUCUGGUCAGCUCUCUUCAGUUCUGUAAAGCGAAAGAUGCAGAACUAGCUUGGAUAGAUGGUGUCCUGGACAUGCGGGUUUCAAAAGUGGACACAGGAGUCAUUCUGGAAGAAGGAGAGCUGAGGGAAGAUGGAGAAGACUUGGAAAUGCAAGUGGAUAUGCCUUCUUCUGACUCUAGUGCUGUUGCACAGCAAAAGGCCAUGAAAAGUCUAUUUGAUGAUGAUGAUAAGGAAGUAUGUGAAGAGAGCGAGAUCAUUCCUACUCUAGAACCACUGCCACCACAUGAGGUUAUUGGACAUCAGUCUGUUUUCAUGAAUGAGCCAAGACUGUCUGAUUUUAAACAAGUUCUUCUGCGAGAAGGAAUUCAAGCUGAAUUUGUAGGAGGGGUGCUUGUGUGCAACAACCUAGUGGCUGUUCGUAGGACUGAAACAGGGCGCAUUGGAUUGGAAGGAUGUCUUUGCCAGGACUUCUAUAGAAUAAGAGAUCUUUUAUAUGAGCAAUAUGCCAUUGUCUAAAGGAAGUGCUGUGAAGAUGAUGUCAUUACUUGAACUUUAAAGAGAAUGGGGAUUUCUACUUUAUUUUUGUGGAUAUCUUUUUGUAGUUUUCUAAUUUCUGCAGAAUUGUUCUGAUUCUUCAAAAAAGUUAAACAUGAAAACCCAGUAAACUAACCUAAAUAAUUAAAUAUCUGCUAUCAUAGUUCUUUGUAAGACAUCUCUUGGUAUAUUCCACAUUGUUGGCUUUCAGACUGCUAAAAAUAUUGUAGCAAAUACUAUUGGUAUGCUGUAAUUGAGACAGGCAGUUUCGUUCAUGAACUUUCUUUCAAAAAGGAUUUAACUUGUCAUAAAUAUGCUCUUUGAUGUGGCAUGGCAUACCAAGUUUCUACCUAAGAAUGCAAAUAUAUAAAAACAAGCAGUUUUCCUAUUUUAAAAAUGUAAGUAAAGAGAAGCACUCUUGUUGGGUUGUCUUUGUUUUUGGGGGGAGGAAUGGGGGGUGAUUCUUUUGCUGAACAGUAGAUGCUUCAGUGAAAAUUUUCUAGGCCAUUGAAAAUUGGCCAACUGCUUAAUUGACUUUCUUCCAAUGGGUAAUAUGCACCUUUGUUAAUACUGGGACUACUUCAUGCAGUACUGAUUGAUACAGUACAUCAUAAGACAUUGUGAAAUAAAAUCUCAGUCUCCUGGGUCAAAAA